GGCACCCGGGGCGCUGACCGGCCGCAGUCGCUGGCCUGGAGUCUCCGGGCCGCCCUGGUCUCCUUCAGUCAAGCGGAGGAUGCCGGUGCGCCACCCAGGGACCACGGGAGACUGAGUGGAGACGGGGUCUUCGCGGGCCGAAGCCUAGACCGCGGGAGGCUGAGCCGCGGCCUGAAGUGGACUCUGAGGACGCCGGAGCCGGGUGUCGCGCGGGAACCAUUGGCCACACGAGCAAGCGAGCGCUUAGAAGGUUUCUGCAGGCCUGGCGUCCGAGCUUCCCCUGUGUGCAGUGGGGGAUUAGGGACGUGGCGCCAUGAGGAGCCGGAGUAACUCGGGAGUCCGCCUGGACGGCUAUGCUCGGCUGGUGCACCAGACCAUCCUGUGCCAUCAGAAUCCAGUGACAGGCUUGCUUCCAGCCAGCUAUGAUCAAAAAGAUGCCUGGGUUCGAGAUAAUGUGUACAGUAUUCUGGCUGUGUGGGGUUUGGGCCUGGCAUAUCGCAAAAAUGCUGACCGUGAUGAGGACAAGGCAAAGGCCUAUGAACUGGAGCAGAGUGUAGUGAAGUUAAUGAGAGGACUGCUGCACUGCAUGAUCCGACAGGUGGAUAAAGUAGAGUCCUUCAAGUACAGUCAGAGUACUAAAGAUAGCCUCCAUGCCAAGUACAACACCAAAACUUGUGCCACUGUGGUGGGUGAUGAUCAGUGGGGACACCUGCAGUUGGAUGCUACUUCUGUGUACUUGCUCUUCCUAGCACAAAUGACUGCCUCAGGACUCCAUAUCAUUCACAGCCUAGACGAAGUCAAUUUUAUACAGAAUCUUGUGUUUUACAUUGAAGCUGCAUAUAAAACUGCUGACUUUGGGAUAUGGGAACGUGGAGAUAAGACAAACCAAGGCAUCUCGGAAUUGAAUGCAAGUUCAGUUGGAAUGGCCAAGGCAGCCCUGGAAGCACUAGAUGAAUUAGACUUGUUUGGUGUGAAAGGUGGGCCACAAUCAGUUAUCCAUGUCCUGGCUGAUGAAGUACAGCACUGCCAGUCUAUCCUGAAUUCACUACUGCCCAGGGCUUCAACAUCCAAAGAAGUUGAUGCCAGUCUGCUCUCAGUGGUCUCUUUCCCAGCCUUUGCUGUAGAGGACAGCCAUUUGGUGGAGCUCACCAAACAGGAGAUCAUCACCAAGCUUCAGGGUCGUUAUGGUUGCUGUCGUUUUCUGCGAGAUGGAUAUAAAACUCCUAAAGAGGAUCCCAAUCGCCUAUACUAUGAACCAGCUGAGCUAAAGCUAUUUGAAAACAUUGAGUGCGAAUGGCCAUUGUUCUGGACAUACUUUAUCCUUGAUGGAAUCUUCAGUGGCAACAUAGAACAGGUUCAAGAAUAUAGAGAGGCUCUUGAUGCAGUCCUUAUCAAGGGCAAAAAUGGAGUCCCUCUUCUUCCAGAGCUGUACAGUGUUCCUCCUGACAGGGUUGAUGAAGAGUAUCAAAAUCCUCACAGUGUGGACCGAGUCCCUAUGGGAAAAUUGCCUCACAUGUGGGGUCAGUCUCUAUACAUUUUAGGAAGCUUGAUGGCAGAGGGAUUUUUAGCUCCUGGAGAAAUUGAUCCCCUGAAUCGUAGGUUUUCUACUGUGCCAAAGCCAGAUGUGGUGGUUCAAGUCUCCAUUCUGGCUGAAACAGAAGAAAUCAAGGCCAUUUUGAAGGACAAAGGAAUUGAUGUGGAGACCAUUGCUGAAGUGUACCCCAUAAGAGUACAGCCAGCUCGUAUUCUCAGCCAUAUUUAUUCCAGUCUAGGAUGCAACAGUAGAAUGAAACUCAGUGGGCGACCCUACAGGCUCAUGGGUGUGCUUGGAACAUCAAAACUUUAUGACAUUCGCAAAACUAUCUUUACUUUCACUCCACAGUUUAUAGACCAGCAACAGUUCUACCUGGCUCUGGACAACCAGAUGAUAGUUGAAAUGCUCAGAACAGAUCUCUCCUACCUCUGUAGCCGCUGGAGGAUGACAGGCCAGCCCACUAUCACUUUCCCUAUCUCGCACACCAUGCUUGAUGAAGAUGGAACCAGCUUGAAUUCAAGUAUCUUGGCAGCACUUCGAAAAAUGCAGGAUGGCUAUUUUGGUGGGGCCAGGAUCCAAACAGGUAAAUUGUCAGAGUUUUUGACAACAUCUUGCUGCACACACUUAAGCUUCAUGGACCCUGGACCUGAGGGUAAGCUGUACAGUGAAGAUUAUGAUGAAGACUAUGAUGAUGAUCUGGACUCUGGCAACUGGAUGGAUAGCUAUGAUUCAACAAGUAAUGCUCGCUGUGGUGAUGACGUUGCCCGUUAUUUAGACCACCUUUUGGCACACACUGUUCCCCAUCCUAAACUAGCACCUACCUCACGGAAGGGAGGGCUAGAUCGAUUCCGAGCUGCUGUGCAAACAACUUGCGACUUAAUGUCCUUGGUGGCCAAGGCCAAGGAGCUGCAUAUACAGAAUGUUCACAUGUAUCUUCCUUCAAAGUUAUUUCAGCCUUCUCGCCCUUCACUCAACUUACUUGACUCCCCUCAGUCUCCUCAAGAUAGCCAGGUUCCUUCCGUUCGUGUAGAAGUACAUCUUCCUAGGGACCAGUCUGGGGAAGUGGACUUCCAGUCAUUGGUUUCACAGUUGAAGGAGACCUCAAGCUUACAGGAGCAGGCUGAUAUACUCUACAUGCUAUAUACAAUGAAAGGACCUGACUGGAACACUGAAUUGUAUGAAGAAGGGGGUGCUACUGUCAGAGAGCUUCUUAGUGAACUGUAUGUCAAAGUCGGUGAGAUUCGGCACUGGGGUCUCAUUCGAUAUAUCUCUGGGAUCUUACGGAAGAAGGUGGAGGCACUUGAUGAGGCCUGCACAGACCUUCUGUCCUACCAGAAACACCUGACAGUAGGACUGCCUCCAGAACCUCGAGAGAAGACCAUCUCUGCGCCUCUACCAUAUGAGGCACUCACUAAGCUGAUCGAUGAAGCCAGUGAAGGAGACAUGAGCAUCUCAACCCUUACACAGGAAAUAAUGGUCUACCUUGCCAUGUAUAUGAGAACUCAGCCUGGCCUCUUUGCAGAAAUGUUCCGACUUCGAAUUGGUUUGAUCAUACAAGUUAUGGCAACAGAACUAGCACACUCUCUUCGAUGUUCAGCUGAAGAAGCCACAGAGGGCUUGAUGAAUCUGAGUCCUUCAGCCAUGAAGAAUCUCCUACAUCACAUUCUCAGUGGCAAAGAGUUUGGAGUGGAACGAAGCGUUCGUCCCACUGAUUCAAAUGUGAGUCCUGCUAUUUCCAUCCAUGAAAUUGGUGCAGUUGGAGCAACAAAAACUGAACGAACUGGAAUCAUGCAGUUAAAAAGUGAGAUAAAGCAGGUGGAAUUUCGUAGGCUGUCUGUCUCCACGGAGAGUCAGGUGGAAUUUCGUAGGUUGUCUGUCUCCACGGAGAGUCAGACUAGUGGUGGUCAUCCCUCGGGUAUAGAUUUGAUGUCACCGUCCUUUCUGUCCCCUGCAGCCUGUAUUGCUGCAAGUAGUGGAUCUUUUCCUACGGUGUGUGAUCAUCAUACAUCUAAAGAUAGUCGUCAAGGCCAAUGGCAACGCAGGAGAAGGCUAGAUGGAGCACUAAAUAGAGUACCAAUUGGAUUUUAUCAAAAAGUAUGGAAAAUUUUGCAGAAAUGUCAUGGGCUUUCUGUGGAAGGUUUUGUUCUUCCCUCUUCAACCACUAGGGAGAUGACCCCAGGCGAGAUUAAAUUCUCUGUCCAUGUGGAGUCUGUCCUGAAUCGUGUCCCUCAGCCAGAGUACCGCCAACUUCUGGUUGAAGCCAUCCUUGUUCUCACCAUGCUGGCAGAUAUUGAAAUUCAUAGCAUUGGGAGCAUCAUUGCUGUGGAGAAAAUAGUUCAUAUUGCCAAUGACUUGUUCCUUCAAGAACAGGCCCCUUUCCUGCCCCAUCCCUCCCAAGAAGAGAGAACCUUGCUGACGAUCUCACUACUUUUGAAGAAAAGAAGCCCUAUCUGGAGACUCGCCUCCAGAGUGAAGGUUCAACUGCGCCUGCAGUCACUAUCCACACAAAAAAGAAGUCGUUCUUUUGUGGUUCAUAGACGUCUGCAUGUGUUUUUAUUCUGUAGAGCUGUUACCUGCUUAGUUUUUAAAACUUCUCUUGGGGAGUAGGUAUUAAUAACUUAUUCCUGUAAGUUGGUUUUCUUAUUUGUUGGUUUUUACUUGUGUCUAUGAGUGGUGGGUAUUGAUUAGUCCAUCAUUUCAAGAGAGUAGAUGCUAAGUUGGACUUUAUGCUGCUGUAAAUUGGACCUGUCUACUCUAAGUGCCUUUACUUAGGAAAAGCCAGUACCAGAUCAUGGCUUCCUUCUUCACUCAAAGGCUGCUUUGCUCUGAGUGGGGAAAUAGUGGGGGGUUUUGUGCCUUUCAUUGUUCUUUCUAUAUCUGCCCACAAUGCCUACUGUCUCUGUGGUGUGGUGAAAUAUCAAAAAUUGUAAGCUCACAUGGAAGUUUAAGUAUUUCUGGGUUAACACUUGGAAUAACCCAGAGCAAAGGAGCCAGAUGCCUAAUUCCAGAGAGGAAGGGAAAGAAGCUCUGUAGGCAGUGCUUUACACAUAGGGAGCCAAGAGAACAUCAGAGGCAGGUAGGUUGCUUGUGGACAGCCUUGGACACCAAAUCCUUGCCUCUGGAGUGUAGCCUCACACAACACAGAGAGUAACUGAAGCCUAUUUUAAGCAAAGCGAAACCACCAGUCCAGUCUGAAUGCCCCUUUUCAGUACCUUGGUGUUCCUUCUCAGUCAGUCCCCAGCACGCCCAGCUACCCUUAACUCCCUCCCUCAAUUCUUUCAUUACAUGUUUUUUACUUUCUAAUUCUAGUACUUAUAGCCUUUAAUCUUGGUAGCUGUGGCCAAAUAUCUAUUGUUAUACAUAUCCGUGAAUGUGCUUGUAAGUGGUUAAAUAAUUUGUAAGUAUUUUUGAUGUCUGUCUGUCUGUCUGUCUCUACAUGGAUGGACUGAAUAAGAAUGUAAAUAAUAUUGCAAAGCAAGCACAGUCAUACUUGCUGCUUGAGAAGCUGAGGCAGGAGGAUCAUAAAUUCAAAGCCAGCCUUGCUAUAGCAAGUUUCAGGGCAGCAUGGGUAUGAGACCGUGUCUCAAAAACAUUUGAAAGCAUGCUGUGCAUGUGUGAGAGGGUGGCAUGGCUGGUCUCAGGCUGACACUCGAAGGGUAGUAGAAAUAUCCCUUCUGGUCUAUUGUCUACUUCGCUGUGUAGGUAGCCUGGCUUAACAGAGCUUUCUCCUGAUUUUCCUUGUUUCUACCCAGAGAAUGUCCUACUCCCCUUUCCCUCCAAAUGUUAAGGGUUUUCUGCGGAACAGUAAUGGGUUUAAUGGGACAGUGAGCUCCAAACAGUCACAGAGGCAGGCAGAGUCUCCUGAGCUCCCUGGCUAAGUGCAGCGUGCUAGCAGACAGGCGGUGGGUGCAAAGGGCUGCUGGGCCACCUCUCCCCUCUCACAAACCAUGGAACCACAGGGAGGGGCUUUCUGACCACUUCUGAGGAGAAUGUACAACCUGUUCCGUGCCUGUAUGUGUGUUCAUGACCUGUAAGUGUACCCCAGUCAUAGGAUGUACACCAAGCACUGUGGUGGGAGCUACCACUUCUUCCCGAACCUCUGCUUUUGAAUUGACACUGGUGCUCACCUUUCUCUGGACUUACGGAUUUGCCUGUGGAUUUAAUGCUCACACUGUGGUAUUUAAUUUUUAAAGUAACUUUUCAGAAAAUAUUACUGGCGUUUUGUUCAUUUUAAGACUGUUAACAUGAAGAAAAAGUGUGCUAGAACUUUUUAAAAACACAUAAUGUCUUGAAGUUAGAAUAAAGACUAAGAAUUGA